CACUCAGUCGCACAUGUCACUUUCAAUUCAAGUCGCGAGUUUAUUAUUUUCUGACUCCGGUAGAUUUGCAAAAAUCUUUCGUCUUUUCACUUGAAAUUCCAUACAUUUAUCAUAAUGUUCUUAAAACUUAUUCAAUCUUCAUGCCAUGCUGUGCGUAGAGUCGGCUUCCCAGGUUACAUAAAUCACACGACUGCCGCAAUGGUUGGUGCUAACAGGCAUUGUUCAACUGCCGCCGAUCCCGACAGUCCCGUUGAGCUGGAGCAGAACCCAUUUGCCAAGGAACGUGUUCAGUGCAUUUUGUGCAAGCAUAAUAUAAGUCCGGACUAUAAGAAUGUGCAGCUGUUGUCGCAAUUCCAGAGUCCCUAUACCGGUCGAAUCUACGGCAAGCACAUUACCGGACUCUGUCAGAAGCGCCAAGAACAGGUAGAGAAGGAAAUCAUUAAAGCACAAAAUGCCGGAUUUAUGCCAACUUACCACAAGGCAGUCGAAUUCUUGGAGGAUCCGAAGCUGUUCAACCCGGAACGGCCAAUUCGUCCGCAUAAAUAUUAAGCUUGUGAUUUGACAAUAAAAAGACUUUAGGAUGAAAAUGUGAAA